AUGAUUGAUACCAAUCUCUAUAUCAACCUACGCGGCGUUUCCAAGAACACCGCACGAGGCAGAUAUUUCUAUAUCCGCGUAUGUAGCGUAAAGGUGGACACGCAUGCAAUACGCCCCAAAACAAAAACAUUGGGCCAAAUCGCUGUAGGACCCACGGACAACCCUUCUGGGAUGGCUUCUGUACCCGAGCGGACGAAGCCAAUGGAGCAAAAACCGGCCCAAUCGUGCGAGAUGCGGAUGACACUGAUUGCGCAAUGCCAUGUAGCCAGCAAUGAUGGAUGUGGUGAACAAUUGUUCAGCAGAAUAAUGGAUGUUGGGAGCGUGAAGGUUCUUGAUAAGACCUGCAAGAAUAGCACUACAACAACCGACAUCCACACAAAAUGCCAUGGCUUGCACUGGUGGUAG